AUGUCGUCCGCACAGCAGAGAUUGUCCUCCAUAGCUAACCAGCUCUCUGGCACUAGCGAAUCUGCGGCCAGACAGAAGAUACUUGCGCAGAACCCCGACGAUAUUGUGAUUACGCUGGCCGUGAGAACACCGCUUACCAAGGCUCGCAAGGGGGGCUUGAAGGAUACCCCGUUGGAUGAUCUGCUUGUUUCGCUACUGACGACUGUUCGCGAGAAGUCCAAGAUUGACCCCAACCAGGUGGAGGAUGUCUGUGUUGGAAACGUUCUGUCGCCCAGUGCGGCCUACAUCGCUCGCUCAUCUGUUCUGGCUGCAGGUUUCCCCGAGAGCACGGCCGCUUCGGUAUCCAACCGAUUCUGCUCGUCCGGUCUGCUCGCGAUCCAAAAUGUCGCCAACCAGAUCAUUGCUGGGUCUAUCGAUGUCGGUAUCGCUGUUGGAGCUGAGAGCAUGAGCACGUGUCCCGACAAUGGCGCCCCGAAAAUGUCUGACGCCAUCCUGUCACAUCGCCUUGCUGGCCAGAACACGCAGCCUAUGGGCCAGACGUCAGAGAACGUCGCCGGUCAGUUCAGUAUCAGCCGUGAGCAGAUGGAUGCUUUCGCUGCCAAGAGCUUCCAGAAGGCCGAGCGCGCCCAGAAGGCUGGUUGGUUUGACGAGGAAAUCGUGCCCGUACGAACCAAGGUCAAGGACCCCAAGACCGGCGAGGUCAAGGAGGUUGUUGUCAACCGUGAUGAUGGUGUCCGAUACGGUACUACCCCCGAGGGCCUGAGCAAGAUCCGUGCUGCUUUCCCGCAGUGGGCGCCCAGCAACACUACUGGUGGCAACGCCAGUCAGAUCACCGAUGGCGCUGCCGCAGUGCUCCUGAUGAAGCGAUCGCGGGCGCAGCAGCUGGGCCAGCCGAUCGUUGGCAAGUUUGUGGGUGCUACGGUCAUUGGUCUUGAGCCCCGUAUCAUGGGUAUCGGACCUUCCAUUGCUAUCCCGAAGAUCCUGAGCAAGUACAACCUGAGUCAGGACGAGGUGGAUAUCUAUGAGAUCAACGAGGCUUUCGCUUCCAUGGGCGUGUACUGCGUCGACAAGCUCGGUCUGGAUGAGAGCAAGGUUAACCCCCGUGGUGGUGCAAUUGCCCUGGGCCACCCCCUCGGCUGCACAGGAGCACGACAGGUUGUCACUGCUCUGUCCGAGCUUCGAAGGCAGAACAAGCGUGUUGCUGUGACAUCUAUGUGUGUUGGAACGGGAAUGGGAAUGGCUGGAAUUUUCGUGUCCGAGCAUUAA